GGAGAGGAAGAAAGGUCUUCGCAUUCAUAUUUACACAUUUGGCCCCAACAUGGCCGGGGCCAAUACGAUGUAUCAAUUCCACCUUCUCCACAUUCAAUUUUUACUACUACUCACUCACUCUUCUCGUACAACAAACACUACACAUACAUUUUAUAGCCCCAAAAUGGCACUCAUGCAAAGACCUUCCUUCUCCCGUCGUUCAUCUACAGACCUUGUAAUCAGAUCAGUGGAUCUAGAGCACUAUUCGGAAUAUUUUGCCUUAUUUAAAUUAUUUAAUAAUAAUGUAAUAUAAGCGCAUUGGUGUGGAUUUUGACAGCAGGAGGAAUUUGGCAUAUGAUACAAGAGACGAUAUGAAUAAUUUCUAUAAAUUUGCUGCCAUUCGUCGAUUGUUUAUGUGGUAAGGUUCGAGGAUCAUCUCUCUCUUUCUCUUUUAUAAAUAAUGGAAACAAUGCGGUAAUCUAAACAACGCGGCGCGUUUGCAAGGUGCAGCUAUAAGGAAACAAUGGAAUUAGCAAAGAACGAGCAAUAUACACCAUGUGCGUAGCCGACACGUAAAAUGGUGGCGUCGCAAAAUGACGGUGGCAGAAGUAUGGGCGGAGGCGGCGGGGGUGACGGCGGCGGCGGCGGUGAUGACACAGUUUACACGGUGACCGUGAGUGGGGUCGGUUACAGGAACGAGGGUUACAAGGACGACGGCACCGACGGCAUUCCGCCGGAGCCGCAGAAGCCGCCGCAGCUUCCGGUUGCGGACGAUGACACGCAAUCGCGGAAAUUCAAGUUGUCGCGUGGCGAGAAAUGGCGUAUCCUGAAGAACAUUGGCACCGUCUCGAUCGCCUUCAUGGUGCAGUUCACCGCGUUCCAGGGCACAGCAAAUCUGCAGUCGUCGAUCAACGCCAGCGACGGCCUCGGUACCGUCUCGCUCUCGGCUAUCUAUGCCGCCCUGGUGCUCUCGUGUAUCUUCGUCCCCACUUUCCUUAUCAAGAGGCUCACCGUCAAGUGGACCCUAUGUCUGUCCAUGCUGUGCUACGCGCCGUACAUCGGCUCGCAGUUCUACCCCAAAUUCUACACCUUGGUGCCCGCCGGAGUGCUUCUAGGUCUCGGCGCCGCGCCUAUGUGGGCCGCUAAGGCUACGUACCUGACGCAGGUUGGCGGUGUCUAUGCGAAAAUCACCGACCAGCCAGUCGACGCUAUCGUCGUACGGUUCUUCGGCUUCUUCUUCCUGGCGUGGCAGACGGCCGAGCUCUGGGGAAAUCUUAUUUCUUCGCUUGUAUUGAGUGAUGGACACGGAAACGCUGAUGACGGAAACAGCACAAUUAACAGCUGGGACAAAAUCAAGUUGUGCGGUGCGGAUUUCUGCGUUGUUGGCAGCGGAGGCCAUGAGAAUCUAGAGCGACCACCGGAGUCAGAGAUCUAUGAGAUCUCCGCAAUCUACCUCACAUGCGUCAUCAUCGCGGUCAUCAUCGUUGCUCUGUUCGUCGAUCCUCUCUCCAGGUAUGGUGAAAAGCAACGACGGUCGGAUAGCCAAGAAUUGAGCGGCAUCCAAUUGCUCUCUGCUACGGCUUACCAGCUGAAGAAACCUUACCAACAAUUGCUGAUACCCAUCACGAUAUGGAUCGGCAUGGAGCAGGCUUUCAUCGGCGCCGAUUUCACGCAGGCAUACAUCUCCUGUGCCCUGGGCGUCCACAGGGUAGGUUACGUUAUGAUCUGCUUCGGGGUGGUCAACGCCGGCUGCUCCUUGCUAUUCGGCUCGUUAAUGAAAUUCGUUGGUAGACAGCCGCUGAUGGCACUAGGUGCCAUCGUUCAUGCCUCUCUCGUGGUCGUUCUUCUCAUGUGGAAGCCUCACCCUGAUAAUCCUUAUGUCUUUUUCUCGGUCUCUGGCUUAUGGGGUGUGGGCGACGCUGUGUGGCAGACGCAAGUUAACGGACUCUAUGGCACGCUGUUCAGGCGUAACAAGGAGGCGGCUUUCUCGAACUACAGGCUGUGGGAAAGUGCCGGCUUCGUGAUUGCCUACGCGUACAGCACGCACCUCUGCGCCCGUAUGAAGCUGUACGUGUUGCUGACGGUGCUGAUCACCGGCACCAUAGGCUACAUCAUCGUCGAGCUGCUGCACAGACGCAAGCAACGGCGGCUCAAGGCGAUCGCCGAGGACCCGAAGGCCGCCCAAGCAGCCGCUGAGGCGAAUCAGCCGGAAGAGACCGACGACGAGAAGGACGAUCUCGACGACGAGAUCAUCAUCACGCACUUGUGAGCGACGAUUCACGCAGUCGACGUAGUCGUUUCUCCUUAAAAGUCCUCGCGUUCGCACUACUUUCUCGUCUCGUCGACGGGGGAGAAUCGAAACGACGGCCGGAAGAUCUGAUUUCGAUUGAUUUCGCAAGUACCCUUUCCUCAACUAUAUCCGCCGAGAUCUUCCGCCUGUCAUCCUCUCGUGUUUGCUUAUCAAUCCCUCUAUUAUAUGAUAGAGCCGCGGAUUAAUGAGCAGCCGCGAUACUCUUCUCCGUCGGCGACGUGGACGAGGAAGGCGUGCUCCCGACACUGUCUCCGUCUCGGGACGCGUUUCGUUGCGGAAGGGUCAAGGUUGAAACGCGACCUUCAGGGAACAAGGGGUAUGCUCACGAUUUCCACGAUGAAGUGGAGAUGCCGGGCAUCAAUUUUACAUAUCUUGUGGAUACUUCUUUUCAAGGCCGGUUAUAACGCGUUUGUCCAGGCUGAAAUCUGGCUUCCACCUUCCUCAGCGGGAUCAGAACAAAUAGAUGAUAGAUAAGCGUUAUACUUAUCAAUGCGAUGGGACACAUGGCGACGUAAAAUUCGCUCCCGUGCUAUUAGGCACGUGGAACCUCCACCGCCGUUACUCGAAAAUAUUGAAUCAACGCCAUGAUGAGGAAAUCACCCUCAUUCUCCAUCCGCGCACGAGAUCUUAUCAUCGCGUUUGCGAAAAUAACGCGCGGCGCGGAUACCAAAAGUGCAUUUUUUGCGCGUAGUUCUUGUGUAUAUUAAAAAAAAAAGUCAAUCAUAGAAUUAUUCAGUUUGUAUCACAUAUUUAUUGCAUAUCAAAAUGUCCCGGCGAUCGUUUGUUAAGGAACGCCAAAAGCAUUUUUGCUUCUUUAUCGAGGAAAUAAUUACAUUUUAAAUUAAAAAAAUUAUUACACUUUCGAAAAAACAUUUAAUUAAUUUUUUCAUGCAUUUUCUUUCAAUUCCGUGAUGUUGUUGAACUAUAGAAAAAAUUUGCUGUUCUUAUUAGGCGCAUUAAUAUCAAUUUCUGCUAAAAUUAAAUUAGUAGAUUAACUUUGAUCUAAGUUUAAUUUAUGCUUUAUCUUUUUCUAAUGUAACAUUAAAAAAGAUAAAAAAAAUUAAUCGCGAUUAUAGUUAAUGUACAUUAAUUUAAAUAGACAUAAGUCUUGUAUUCGAUAUUAGUGACGCUACAUAUAAGAAAGAAACGCACCGGUUUCGAUGCCGAUUUCAUCAAUGUAAUGAUCUUUACAAAAUAUUGAUUGAAUUUUCAUUAUAAACUGUAUAGUUGAUUAUUAGCAAAAAUUACUGUAUAUUUUGUAACAAAAAUGCAUAUAAAACACACAUAAUUUUUAGCUACUAAGAGUUAACACGAAUUUCAACGAAAAUUGAUUAUAUUUAUUCGAGGCUAAUAUUAUUUUUCUUUGAUUAUAUAAUACUCUAAUGCUUAAUAAAAAACAAUCAUUGUAAUAUAAUUAUCAUAUAUCAGGAAACAACGUUCUUGAUCGAAAAAUGACGUUGAUAGUCAGAGUUCUUCACAUUUCUUUUUUUGCAAGAGAAGUACGUGGUGAAAUAUCAAUGUCAGUUUAUAUGCAAAAACAGCAUUUUUUCUGCGAGAAAUAAACAAGUUAAAAUAAACAAAAAUUCAUACUU